GCAGUCAGCAUGGAGCAACUCUCCAGCCCUGCCGCUCCCCAGAUGGUGCUGCUGGAUGCUGCUGCCCGCCCUGUGGAAGAAGGUGGGUAGCAGGCAGGGGGACAAGCAAUGCAUAUAUGGAUAGCAGGUGUGCCCACAGGGUUCCCAGAGGCACUACAUCCCAGGGGGGAAGAGGAGGAGGAGGAAAAGCGGAAGGGCUCCGGGCCCGUCACUUUCACGCUGGGCAAUGAGAUCCUGGGGCUGGAACCCGACAACAAUUUCCAGAGCCCUGACGCUGAGGUCUACAUGCACUUCAUGAGGAGUCACUGCUGCUAUGAUGCCGUCCCCACCAGCUGCAAGCUUGUUGUCUUUGACACCACGCUGGAGAUCAAGAAGGCUUUCGUGGCACUGGUGGCCAACGGGGUGCGGGCAGCCCCGCUGUGGGACAGCAAGAUGCAGAGCUUUGUGGGUGAGUGCCAGGGCGGCCGGGGCAGCAGAGGGACUGCUAUGGGGUGUAGGCAGAGCGGGCAGCCCCGUGUCUCCACAGGGAUGCUCACCAUCACUGACUUCAUCAACAUCCUGCACCGCUACUACCGCUCGCCCCUGGUCCAGAUCUACGAGGUGGAGGAGCACAAGAUUGAGACGUGGAGAGAGGUGUACUUGCAGGGCUCCUUCAAGCCACUGGUCUACAUCUCCCCAAGUGAUAGCCUCUUCGACGCCGUCUACUCCUUGAUCAAGCACAAGAUCCACCGCCUGCCUGUCAUUGAGCCCAUCUCGGGCAACGUGCUGCACAUCCUCACCCACAAGCGCAUCCUCAAGUUCCUCCACAUCUUCGGCUCCACCAUCCCCAAGCCACGCUUCCUAAAGAAAACAGUGCAGGAGCUGUGUGUCGGCACCUUCCGUGACGUGGCCGUCGUACCUGAGAAUGCUCCUGUGUAUGCUGCUCUGGAGAUCUUUGUGGACCGCCGUGUCUCUGCGCUGCCCGUUGUUAAUGCUGCCGGUCAAGUGGUCGGGCUCUACUCCAGGUUUGAUGUCAUUCACCUGGCAGCCCAGAAGACCUACAACAACCUGGACAUCAGCGUGCGGGAGGCGCUGCGGCAGCGCACCGUGUGCCUGGAGGGGGUCCUCACCUGCUACCCCCACGAAACCAUGGAGGACAUCAUCGACCGCAUCACCGAGGAGCAGGUCCAUCGCCUGGUUCUGGUGGAUGAGAACCGGUACCCGCGGGGCAUCGUCUCCCUCUCUGACAUCCUCCAGGCCCUGGUGCUCACUCCCGCAGGUAUCGAUGCUCUUAACUCUUAGCCCGCGACGCUCCAUCUUUCUCCAUUCGCACCCUCCAUUUCUCUCCACUUCAGGCAUUGACCGACACUCGCUCUGAGGACACCAGGGAAGUGCCACAGGCUCAUCCAACGCAGGGCCUCUUGCUUGGGUACCGCAGGGCCGUGGAAGGAGGCUUGGGGCCCGGGGGCUCUCCGUAGGGGGGGCUGCCCACCUGCCUUGGUCCUGGGACUCACUCUGAGCCUGGGGCCAACUCCUGUCAACCUCGGGGAGGAACAGAGCGGGGGAAAAAGGGUCCAGGGGUGCCUCCAGACUGCGAGCACACAGGGAUGCUCAGUAGGCACCGUGCCACCGGGAGCUGUGCAGCUGGACACAGGGGCACCUGCGUGGCCCCGGGGGACCUGCAACGUCCCCCCCUCCCUUGCGACCGCUGUCCCCUCCUGCUGCGAGACCCCAGUGCUUCAGGUCCCACUGGCUGUGCCGGGUGCCUGGGAGGAGCGCAUGGCUCAGCUGCACGCACAGGCUUGUUUUUUGUAGGGUCUCCAGGGCUGGAGCGCGCUGGUAGAGGUGCUCGCAAGGGGACCCUGUACAAUGAUAGGGGGGUGGGGGGUAUUUAUUUAUUUGCCAGUCUCUUCAGCCUCGCUGGAAUAAAGCAGCCUGCCCUAGGCA